GAAGGGACUGUCCAGAGGUUCCACAAAUCAAUGUGUUUCCAAAAAAAGUGGAGAGUCUCUUCCAGCAGUUUUUGAGAGAAAUGUGCAGGAAGCCAUUGACAAUUAUACUCGUGAAACUCUUUCACGACUUUCGUCUGGUGGUUGUACAACACCCACGGAAUUGAAUAAUUCUUGGUCUGGAAUAAACAGCUAUACUACUAGUUUGUCUACUGAAAGAAGUUCAGUUUACUCCUGGAGGGAUGAUGACUUUGAUAAAGCCAACACACAGAGAGUUCAUCAGUUAUUUUGGGAGAUUGAUGAAAUGCUGUUUGAGGGAAAAGUGACCUCCCAAACUCAGAGCCUGCAAACAGAAUGUGCGGACUGGGUUGAACAAUUUCCUCAUCUAAGGGUUCUAGGAAAGCAGCUCCUAUUGCCAAAGGAUGAAGGCUUUCAGCAUUUUCAGAGCAGAAGUGAUACCUGUGUGGAUAUUAAGUGUUUGCCUGGCCUCCAUGAAUGUGCUAGUAAUAGAAAAGAGCUCUGCGUUUCAGGCUCUAAACUGAUCCCAACAGCAUCUCCAAUACAUAAAUUACUAGAUUCAAGUUCUGCUAGGAUUUCUGCCUCAGACUCUUCACUGUAUUCAUUCCUGGAAGAAGAAAUUUAUGAUGUGGAUGGAAAAAUAGAAGAAUAUCUUGCCUUUGACGACAAGGAGCCUGAUGAUGAGAGCUGGGAACAAAAGAAAAUGCGUCUUGCUGAGAAGAGGAGUGAGCGUGGCAUUCCCCCUGUUUCUCCCAAUGCCUGUAUUAAAGAUGCCGUGGCUUCUGAAGUGUUUGAUCGUAUCUGGAGCAAUGUAGUUGGAAUAUUGGUGGAACUGAUUAAAAAAAAUUGGGAAACUAGUAUCACAGAGGGUGACAAACAGGUGGAAAAACUGAAAGCUGUUACAACAAAGCUGCCACAUUUGCCAGUUGUUCGUAUUACGGCAGAUGCUGGUAGUGUUCGUCUUUCCAGAGGCACUGAAGCACGAAGUGGAUCUUUUGUUUACUCACAG